ACGUGUAUUGUUUUAGUCCGUGUAAGGAUAAGAACGUGGUUGGGCGGUUAAUUGAAAGUAGGCUGAAUGCAUUGGGCAGAAGAUUCCGAUGGCCGAUCGAGAACGAAUGGGGAGUGCAGUUUCUAAUUCCGGCAAAGAUGGUGAUCGAGCAAAGGAGAAUCACCAUGUUGUGAGUCACAGUCGUAAAACUUCCUCGCCUCGUCAUUACAAGGAAACGCACGGUACAAGCAAUGACAUUGAUGAGAAAACGCCGGUCAAUGAAGUUAAAGGCCCGAGCAUCCUUCAGCGCGCCAAGGAAGAGAUCGAAGCUCUAGCCGAAACUAUUGUGCACCCAAAGAAAUAGUUUAAAGGAUUAUGACUUCAUUUUUACCUGUUGUAUGUAGUGUUUAAAACAUAGUCGAAAUAUUAUAUUUUUUUUCUUUUGUAUUUUCAACCAUAUUUUUGCACAAUUCAUUUUACUAUUAUUGCUUUUAGAACA